AUGCACGGUCGUCGUCUCAGUGAGCAUCACGUCACCCGAGGGAGCUCAACGGCAACCUCGUCCAAGGAUGUCUUCCGUCUCGACCCUCCUCAGAGCUUUACCUACAGAGACUUCGUGAUAAGAGUACCACUGCCUCGACUUCCUCACGGCAUGCUUGCUGAUACAGCAAUACGAAAAUAUCCACGCACUCGCUUGAAGAGGCUGAUUAGAGCCGUGGAAGCUCGCCUAGGCAGACACCGUUGCUUUUUCCGCGAAUGUCAGCCACGAGAUCAAAAGAAGGAAUCACAAUUCGAGGUCAGCAGGCUCUAUGCGAUCUAUGAGGUUGAACACUGGCCAGGCGCGUUCGCGCAGUUUGACUGGACACAGUUUGUCAUGGCGAACAUCGAACGCGACGCACUGCGCAUUGAGUGUGGUCGAAGUGUGAAACUGUCAUUACCCAUUCUUCCAGCAUCCGCAGUGCCGAUCUACCAGGACAUGUUACGACAGGAAAGUAAUGACCUGGCAAGGAUAGUGGUCAACUCGGGCCAAGUCGCAGGGGCGGUUUUCAGAGGCCAAAUACGUACCUAUCCUGAGGAUGAUGUUCCAAAACAAGCACGCCAUGACGGUUCAGAUCAACAACACGGCUUGGUGCAGACCUCGUUCAUGCCACAGCUCUCGUUGUCUCCGAACAUGCGCGACGCCCUCUCCGAUCUCAGUACCGAGCAGCUAGAGCAACUAGUCUGCAAUGACCAGAUGUUUCGUGACGCCUGCGAAUUCCAUCAAAGAGUGGUUCAAAAAGAGCUGAGACAGAUGAGUCGCCUUUACCUGCGUUGUGUCGGUCGACAGCCUGGAAUGAACUUGUUGACAUGGCAGGAAGUCAUCUACGAAGCGAGAAAGAUGAUCAAGAUGACCUUCAUUGAGCAGUUGGAGAAAUGGCGGCGACGACAGCCGGACGUACAGUUUGACUUCCAGGACUCGACGGGGACGAUCGCGGACCUCCAGCUGAGGUAUCUGAUCUCACGGGUUCAGCACCACGACCCUAUUCCUCCCCAGGCUUCGCGUCAGUUUCGGACAGAGCUCCAUCGUAAGCACCAGAUCGCCGCAAUGCUGAGGCAGCGCCGAAUCCUCCGGGAGUGGACCACGGCUAUUGCGAAGCGGUCUAGUGUGCGCGACGGAGAGAGGUAUCGGAAAGAAGGGAUCAGUAUCAUGGACAUGUGGACAGGCGGGGUCGAGGACUACGAGGCAUUCGACGAACGAAACAGGAAGGAGAAUACACUGCUUACUGCCGCCAUGUUGCCCAUGGCGACCCAGCUCCGCCUUCGUACAUCUGGGGCUCAAGAGCAGGUCCAAGCUGGAAGCUGCGUACCGCAAGAGUCGCUCGACUCCGCGGCGCGACCUUCUCAACUAGAACAAGGACAAGGACAAGAGCAGGACCAGGACCAGGACCAGGACCAGGACCAGGAGAAGGACUACGUGCGUCUACCACCCACCGUCCAAGCACCGGAAGAGCCGCAGAUACAAGCCCCGCUACAGACACCGACGCAACCGCAAGGAGCAGACCACGUGCAGGCGCAGGAGGGUCAUGUGGAGGAGAGGCUGAAGAAAACAGAGAAAGAAACACAAGGACAAACACCAGACCACCAACCCAGAGACACCGAAAUGACCGAUAUCGCUCCUCCCGGAACCCACCACUGA